AAUAAAAAAGGCGUAUAGCCUGAGAUCCUACACUGAAAACGACCUUCCCGAUACGCCCGGUGAUUCAACUGCACAGCCAUUUCAGAACACAAACAAUGGCGCUACCAUUCAUCCCAGGAUACUCAGAAAUCGGAAAGAAGAUGCAUUCCCUCAAGCCCGGAUACCAUCUGCCUCACCGGUUUGAUUUCAAGUUGGAUCAGAGGUUUUACAUUGAUCAGGAGAUCGCCAGCCGGGACCUGCCACGGCCUGGCUGGACCAAGCGCAUCCCGCGUCACAGCUUCUAUCCUCGCACGGCCGGGCCCGGCCUGCCCGCCUGGGUCGCCUUCGACAAACAGGUGCUGCGCUUCCGCGGCUACUACAUCGACCGCGUGCAGAACUCGCAGGUCGAACGAAGCCGCGUGCGCACCGUCAAGAUCCACUUCUACCUGGAGGACGACACCAUCGAGGUGAUCGAGUCCAAGUGGAAGAACAGCCAGCUGCCGCAGGGCACGCUGCUGCACCGCCACGGGUGCCGCUGCCGGAGCCGGACGACUUCGAGUUCUACACGAUCGAGCACCUGA